AACCCUUGUGAUUGGUAUUAUGAUAUUGGAUGAAAUUGUUUCAUGGUAUCAGAAAAAGAUUGGCACUUACGAUAAAGAACCAUGGGAGAAGACAGUUGAAUUGAAAAUAUUGGAUGGCUUUAAUAGCGGAGUAACAUUGAAGACAGCAAAACUGAAGACCGAGUUAAUUGAUGUCGACUUGGUUAGAGGUUCAACCUUUCCUAAGGCGAAGCCAAAACAAUCAUUAACAACUGUGAUACGUUUGUCUAUACUGCGUUACAUAUUUCUGCCCCUUUAUGCACAAUGGUGGGUGAAACAAACCUCACGCAAUGCAUUCGGCCUAUUGUUCUUCCUUUAUAUGACGCAAAUGAUAAAUUGGGCUGUUUAUACGUGCAAUGUAAAUCGUUUGGAAGCUGCAGCAGCAUUAAAUGUAAGCGAUGGUAUUUCAAUGACGACAAAUAUAACACAGACAAUAGCGAACAACGACGACAAGUCGGAGAAUGAUCAUAUUGUUUCAAUUUCGGAGCUUCUAAUUCCUAUGGCCUUAAGUCUGCUUCUAAGUUUAAUACACUCUCAGAUAGUCGCCACCAAUAUAGCACAAAGUGGCGGGGUCAAGUGUAAAAGAAGACGCUAUUCCAAUGCAAGCCAGAGCAGCAAUGGACGGCAAGGAAAAUUAUUGCGUAGACGCAAAAAGCUUGUCAAAAUGAAAAGCCACGAUCAAUUGGAUAAUAAGAAAUAUACAACUGCGAGCGUGAGCAACAGUGACGUGACUGCCACUACAAAUCCAUCUAAAUCCAUUUUGGAAAUACCAUCAUCCGCAUCCACCAAAUCAAAUGCUGGUGCAACGAUACAUCAACCGCCAUCAUCGUUAAAACUGAAUGUGGCCACAACACAGCCGCAUUAUCUAUCACAAUUGAAACUAGAUCUCAGUGAUUCAAUCACAAAUUCUGAAGACUUUCUACUGAACAAUGCAGCCGAGUGUACUCUGCGCAAACGUAAUGUCAAGUUUGCUGUUACACAGGAAAAACAACAACAAACCUCACCACAAUCUGUCUCAACCACCAGCAGCACACGAACUUCGCUAAGAGGUGACAAUUCCAGUCCAUCGUCGAACAGUCCGUGUGUAUCGCCCACCAAGACUGUUCGCAUUGAUGACUGCGUACAAGAAUUCUAUGAUGAUCUAAUUAGCAGAUCGUCAGCGCCAGCACCUCAACAAUUAUCAAAUGUUCCGUCAGAAGGGCAAAAUGUGUCGAAUACGCGCCGCAUUGUGGGAGACGAUGAUGGUUUUGAGAGUCUCAAUGGCAAAAGUUCAAGUGGCGAGGAUAACAAUGCUUCGCCACAUGGCUUGAGAUUACGUACAAACAUCGGUAGCAAUCAUGAAAGAGUUGAACUCUUGGCAGAGCGUAAACUUAAGCCUAUCAACAGCGACGUCAAAUCUCGGGAUGUUAGCAGCGAUGAAACAGAGGAGGAUGGAGAUGAUGGGGAUUUGAUUUCAAGUCCAGCGUCACAAGGCGGCAACACAUCGAACUGCAAUGAGUGUACAACUUCUGCCACAGAAUGGCUGGGCAUAACAACAAACAGUGAUGAAUGCAGUUACAGUUCCGAGUACGAUAACUCGGAUGAUUACAAAGCAAACCAAUAUUCUGACGAAAAUUUAUCUGAUUUGGAUUAUACACCAACGGUUAUUCUAAAUCCCCAUGGGACCAGUGAUAGAAUUAGCUGUACUAUUUGGGAUCAUCGUGAAAUUAAAAAGGCACAAAUGUCUGUUUUGGAAAUUUCUUCGGCUAUUAUUGAAAAUGUCGAAUUGAUGCCCGAGACAAAUGACUACAUUUAUAUUGGUAUAUUCUUUUCGUUUGUAUUAUCACUGAUACCUGUAUUCUGUAGGCUGUGCGAAAUAACAAUGGAUUCAGAAAAGUCUAGCGAUAUCAAUUAUUUUGACUUGCCAAUGAUGUUGUGGGAGAAGGCCUCAUUUUCAUUUACUGCCAUAUUUCGUUUUGCCUUCGGUGACACAAAGUGGGAGAGAACCGUCUUGAUAAUAGGAUUCCUUAAUCGUUUGUGUUUGACGCUGAUACUUUUUAUGUUUUUCAGUGUGGCCGAACGUACUUUCAAGCAGAGAUUUCUGUACGCCAAGCUUUUCUCACAUUUGACAUCAUCAAGGAGGGCCAGGAAAUCAAAUUUACCUCAUUUUCGUUUGAACAAAGUGCGAAAUAUAAAAACCUGGCUAAGUGUACGAUCCUAUCUAAAGAAACGUGGGCCUCAACGUUCGGUGGACAUCAUUGUAUCGGCUGCUUUUAUUGUAACGUUGUUGCUUUUGGCUUUCCUGAGUGUUGAAUGGUUGAAGGAUUCGGUACACCUACACUCACAUUUGAACCUGGAAGCAUUGUUGUGGUCGAGUACAAUUGGUAUCUUUCUGUUACGAUUUAUGACUUUGGGCAAUAAGAUUCAUCAUAAAUAUCGAAGUGUGUCAGUUCUAAUAACUGAGCAAAUAAACCUUUACUUGCAGAUUGAAAAGAAACCCAAAAAGAAGGACGAACUAAUGGUCUCAAACAGUGUUCUGAAACUAGCAUCCGAUCUAUUAAAGGAGCUAGAAACGCCAUUUAAAAUUUCCGGUCUUAGUGCAAAUCCAUAUCUUUUUACAACAAUUAAAGUAGUGAUUUUAUCAGCCUUAUCUGGGGUUCUAAGUGAAAUGCUGGGCUUUAAGCUGAAAUUGCACAAAAUCAAAAUAAAAUAAUGAAUGUACCUUUAGAAAUGUAGCACUUGAUGUCUGUACUUUCGUAGUU